UACACUUUCGACCCUGGACUUCUCGACUUUACUUCGUCCCUACACUCACUCACUCAUACACCGUCUGGAAAUGAGGACAUGGUUGGCACUAGUGAUUGUGCUAGUUGGGACUAGCCUCUUCGUCGACACCGCUUCCGCCAGUUUCACAGACGGUGCCUGUCGAGGCAUCAUGGGUAAUCGUGAAAUUUACAAGAAAGUAGAGCGAGUGUGCGAGGAUUGCACUAAUAUCUUCCGAUUGCCAGGGCUUGACGGCAUGUGCAGAGAUCGGUGCUUCUACAACGAAUGGUUCCUGCUUUGCCUGAAGGCUGCCAACAGGGAGGACGAGAUCGAAAAUUUCAGAGUAUGGAUCAGCAUCCUGAAUGCCUGAGAGUUGAGGCUGAACGCAUUUGGACUCCUUCGCAUAGGCCAUACGAUAUACGAUAGUUAUCAUUAGUAUCCUUUAUAUUUUACAAUUGCUUUUGAUUGGUUUUCUUUCUUAAUUUACUAGUGCCAGCAAAGGGUAUGCCACUCUGAGCCUACAUGGCAUGCCGGUUAUGUUGCGGAUGUCCUGUUUAUUUGGGUAUU